AUGGAGGAUUUUGAGUUAUUGCGAAGGGAAAAAAGAAGGCGGAAGGCUAAGCUUAAGUUCUUCUGUUUGGAUGUUCCAAACGUUCCCGAUUUCAAUAAAGAAGGGUUGGCCGAUGGUUUUGAUGUGAAUAACUCUUGUUAUCCGUCUAGACUAGUUAAGUCUACUUGGGGCGAUGACUAUGACAUCGCCCUUUAUGGUAGACUUGGACUCCACUGCCACAAUUUUCAGAAGGGAACAAACUUCAAGUUUGUGCGCUGGGAAAAGUUUAGUGUUAUCUCCACUGCAUACGACUACGUCUAUGUAACUUUGGACGCCAAGGAUCCUGUCUCUGAUUCGGUCUUCUCUUUUCAAACCUUGUUAAACGAAGAUUCUUCUUCAGACUGUCCCGUUAUGUGGAGUACCUUAGCUUGCAGAAUCAAAUGUGACGAUCGUGUGGAUGAUCAUUGGGACGAUACGGCAGUAGAUGAUUUCUACAAAGGUGCAAUGCCCAAAUGGUUGUCUGAUGAAGAAUUGGCACGUGACAAUAAAAAGUAUUAUGUGGUAAGAAUAAGAUCAUCAGGUAAUGACUGGCUACAUCUAUUCACCGAAAUUGCGUUCUUCUCAAAAACAAAUAACGUGUUGACUGCUCCCCCGCCCUUGGAGAUCGAGAAUGUGGUUGUAGUAACUAAAGAAGACACAGAUGAAGGCCAUGAGAAGCUGAAAGCCCAAAAUUCAAUCUACUACGUAAUUUACAAGUAUAAUGGUGAAUCUUCAGAGUGGGCACGUGAUCACAAAGCGAUAAUAAGGAAAACCAUGGAUGGGAAGCCAGGACACAUGUAUCUUGAAGUUGUAGCAGAAGAUUGAACUGAAAGAGAAAAGACAGAUAGGGAU